UCCUUAAACAAAAUACCUUUAAAUUGUUUUAUGGAAGAAGUAAUACAAUACUACGUAUAUUAUUUUCAUCGAUCAUUGUACGUAUGAUCCAACUUAUGUCAACUUUGACAAUACAGUUAUAAUACUUUUAAAGAAACAUUCCGCUGUUUCUGAACUUUGUCACAAAAUGUUGGAAUAAGUCUAUUAGAGGAAAAAUAACCCAUGAUGGCGACCCAAGAAGUUGAUAUAAAUUUAGUUAUGAAGGAUAUGAACAAGAUUACAAGAGCAGACUUGUGCGAGUUGAAAAGUCUAUCAGCUCCUCCGAGUGGUGUUAUUGAGGUAAUGCAAGCAGUGUGCCUACUUCUAGGGAAUGGCAAGUGUUCCUCUUGGACAGAUUCACAGAAACAACUCAGUGACCCAAACUCUUUUCUACAAAGACUUAAAAACGUAGACAAAGACAACAUACGGCCAAGUAUAAUGACUAAAAUACGUAAAACUUACACAAGUGAUCCAGAUUUCACCUUUGAAAGAAUGCUGAGCAAAUCCAAAGCAGCCGGAUCAUUGUGCAGAUGGGUUAUUGCAAUGGAUCAAUAUGAUAAACAUUUGAAAAAUUCGUCACAGAGAGAGAAAAAGACAACAGAAAAAACAAACAAAAGUGAAAAGCUUUCUCGGUAUUCGGUAUCAACAUUUGGACAUAUUUGGAAAUAUUUAUAACUAUAAAUAGUUUUUAUAUACUAUAACACAUAAACUUUUUUUUUUAUCUAUACAUGUAUAUUUGUCCAUUUCUGCACAAGGACAAACAUUUUAUCGCCAAAAUGUUAUCGAAAUGCUAAAUUUUGACAACUGCUGCGAGUACAUACAUGUAUGCCGAAUGCUGUAAAUAUUUGAAAGAUUCUUGAAACGAAGCGUCUAAACGAUGAUCAACGAUGUCGGAGCGAAAUAUAUGUAAAGAAAUUAAAAAAAAAAAGGAUGCAAACAUGAGAUGUAUUCAACAGCUCAGUGCAGUUUAUUCAUUUGGCGUAUAGCAGCUUGACUUGCUUUUUCUAAUUCAAACUGAUUAUAGACUAGUCAUUAUAGCGUCCGUCUAGCAGAAGAACUGCAACUACUUUUUUUGAAAAGUAUUUGUUUUAACAAGGGUUUCGAAAUCCACCACCUCCUGCACUAGAGGCAAGCACUAUUCUACGAGACAUGUGUUUAUUAGUUUUCUUACUUGAAACGCGUUGACUUACAAUGUAUAUCAAUGAUUUACUCUUUCAUGCAUCAUCUCAAUUUUUUGAUGCAUGAUUCUCCAGGGAAUACACUUGACACAAUGUCUUUGAACUCAAUUUUGAUUUACAUGUACAAACUUCUUACAUAAUUAUUAAAU